AUGGAAGAAAUUCCAUAUGCAAUGGUUUUGGAGUGUUUCAUGUAUGUCAUGGUUAGCACAAGACCAGAUAUUGCUCAUGCUUUAAGCAUAUUGAGUAGGUUCAUGUCAAAUCCUGGGAUAAACCAUUGGAGGGCACUAUGGUUGCUUAGAUAUUUGAGAGGGACAUCGAAUAUUGGAUUGACUUACAAGAGAAUUAUAGAGAAAGUAACCUUGAAAGGAUAUGUAGAUGCUGAUUAUGCAUCAAGCAAGGAUACUAGGAGGUCUACUACCUCUUAUGUGUUUCAAACUAAUGGGGAUUGUAUUAGUUAG